CAGAUACAGAAGCACCUACAGAGAAGUGGAUCUACCAGCCCAAACACUCUGACUGCACCACUGAAAACAAACUCCUGGGUGGAAAUAUGCCAGGAUGGACCAGCUAAUGACUGCUCAGUAUAACUUGGAGCGGGUCCAGGCUGUUGCCAGAUCAUUUGGAUCAUCGGGGAAGCGCUUACUCCGGCAGGAUCGGAUUCUGGUCAGAGAGGGCACGCUGUUAAAGCAGAGCCGCAGAGGACUGCAGCCCAAAGCUUUCUUCCUCUUCAAUGAUGUACUGGUUUACGGCAGUAUCGUCCUGAACGGCCGCUGGCACAAAAAGCAGCAGAUCUUUCCUCUAGAGAAUAUCCUGCUGGAGGACGUGGAGGACGGUGCCAGGUUAAAGAACCAGUGGUUAAUCCGCACACCCAAGAAGUGCUUCUACGUUUCUGCCGCCUCCUAUGAGGAGAAAAAAGCCUGGAUUGAGAACAUAGAGGACUGUAAGGAUAAAGUGCUGCAGAGCAGAAGCCGCAGCAGAAGCUGCAGUUUGGACUUUGCCGGUCCCAUGAUCCCUGAACAGGCCUCUGUUGCCUGCAUGCGCUGCACCAGCAAGUUCACAAAGAUCCAACGUCGAUAUCACUGCAGAAAAUGUGGCUUCGUGGUUUGCAGCACGUGCUCCAGGAAGCGAGUGGUGAUUAAACACAUUGACCCGACUAAACAGCUGAGAGUCUGCCCAACGUGUCACAUCAGCCUGAACAAGGAUGUCCAUAACUCAAUCCGUAUGAGAUGGGACAGCGCCGGGAAGUCAACAGAAGAGGAGAUGGAGUACAGUGAGGAAGAGGAUGAAGAUUAGAGAUAAAAGGGAUCACCCCCCCCCCCCCCCAAAAAAAAAUAAAAUUAUUAUAUAUAUCAAUCACAUAGAGAGCACUUCUGAGGAUCUGUGUGUGGUAUAGUGAGUCUGCAAUAUUCAGUUUUUCAGUGUGUACAUUCUGUAUGAUUACACUGUGUUCCAAAUUAUUAUGCAAAAAGUGUUUAGGAGUGAUAAAGUAAGAUUUUUUUGUUUGUCAGUUAAACCCAUUGAUGGUGAUGUGUGUCAGGGCUCUUCAUAUCACAAUUGCAGACACCUGUGCUAAUUAGUUUGGCAGGUGUGUCCAAUUAAAGGCAAGACUACUUAAGAAGGCUGUCCCACAUUAUUAAGCAGCCUACAUUUUCAGCCAAAAUGGGAAAGAAAAAGGAUGUGUCGGCUGCUGAGAAGCAACAAAUUGUGGAGUGUUUAGGUCAAGGCAUGACUACAAUCAACAUUGCCAAGACACUUCAUCGUGAUCAUCGCACAAUCAAGAAGUAUGUAGCUGAUUCAGAGCACACACGUGUGCGUGCUGAUAAGGGAAAAUUGAGGACUCUCUCCAACAGGCAAUUACGUCAGGUUAAAAGAGCAGCUGCAAAAAUGCCUUGUCAUAGCAGCAGACACGUUUUUGAAGCUGCUGGUGCCUCCAACGUCCCCCAAACAACAAGAUGCAGGGUCCUUCAGAGGUUUGCAGCUGUGCGUAAGCCAUCCUGUCGACCUCCUCUAUCCACUGCAAACAAGCAGAAAAGGCUCCAGUGGGCCAAAAAAUACAUGAAGACUGACUUCAAAACUGUUUUGUUCACCGAUGAGUGCCGUGCAACGCUCGAUGGUCCAGAUGGAUGGAGUGGAGGAUGGCUGGUUGAUGGACACCCCAUUCAAACAAGGCUACGGUGCCAAGAGGAGGAGGUGGAGUAAUGUUUUGGGCUGGAAUCAUGGGGAGAGAGAUUGUCGGCCCCUUUAGGAUCCCUGAAGGGGUAAAGAUGAUAAUGCAUGAUAAUGCACCGUCUCAUGCUGCAAAGAACACAUCUGCAUCUCUGGCUGCUAUGGGCAUAAAAGGGGACAAACUUAUGGUGUGGCCCCCAUGCUCCCCUGACCUCAAUCCCAUUGAGAACCUCUGGAGCAUCAUCAAAAGGAGUGUCUAUGAUGGCGGGAGGCAGUUCACAUCUAAGCAACAGCUCUGGGAGGGUAUUCUGUCCUCAUGCAAAACAAUAGAAGCAGAUAACAUCCAAAACCUGACAAAUUCAAUGGACGAGAGAGUUCAGAAGCUCCUUUCGAACAAGGGGUCCUAUGUGCAAAUGUAACAUCACCUAGAAUAAAGUUUUGACUUAAACUGUUUGAUUUCAGUUUGUAAUAACCUGCUAAUGCUUAUAAUUUCACAAAUGACCCUUUUUUUUUCUUUAUAAAAAUGAAAAGGUUGAAAACUGUGCUGUGCAUAAUUUGGAACAUACAUUUUGAGUGUUUUAUUUUUUUUAAAUAUACUGUUAUCAUUGGCAGUUUGUUCAAAAACCUUUCAAUUGUACUCUAAUAGUUGAUGACUGGAAAAUUACGAUGACUGCAAUUCAUAUAGGUAAUUUUGGAAAAUCAGACAAUAUUACUUGCAUAAUAAUUUGGAACACAGUGUAUAUAGGUUGGAAUCAUUUAAUCAAGGAGGCGUAUUUCUUACCAUGUGCAGUACUGACGAGUUGGUAACAAAGGUCACUCACUUUAAUCUGACACUUGGACUCUGCUUACUGGAAUCAUGACUUCUUAAAGUAGGCAGUUGCAUUCAUAUCACUGUUAUUUGUCAUAUGGCACAGUGUCUCCCUUCAAAUCAAUAAACAAUAAAAAUA